UUUUAGUUUCAAGAUGGCGGAGGACAGGGAGGUAUUACGAUACAUAUGGGACGGAAGAUUACCUGUCUGUUUUAAUUUAAGUUCAGAUGAGGUGGUUACUGUAGAACAGCCAGAUCCUUACUACCUGUUGGUCCCAAGACUGAGUUACCUGACUCUUGUCACGGAUAAAGUUCAACGACAUUUCCAAAGGGCAAUCAGUAAUGAAAGUGUCGAUGAAGUGUGGUUUGAAUAUGAUGGACAGCCAUUGAAAUGGCACUAUCCUAUUGGUGUCCUGUUUGACCUACAUGGUUCAUCUGCUUCUUUACCAUGGAAUCUUACAGUUCAUUUCCAGAAAUUUCCAGAAACUGAAGUGAUGAGAUGUCCUGGAAAAGAAGCUAUAGAGUCACAUUUUAUGUCUGCUGUUAAAGAGGCAGACAAUUUGAAGCAUAGAUCACAAGUUAUAAACUCAAUGCAGAAGAAAGAUCAUAAGCAACUAUGGCUUGGUUUAAGUAAUGAUAAAUUUGAGCAGUUUUGGGCUGUAAAUCGCCGUCUGAUGGAGAGAACAGGAGAUGAUCCUUACUUCAAACAUAUCCCCUUCAGAAUAUUUCAGCCUGACAAACAGUUUAUCCAGGAGUUGUUCAGACCCUUUAAUGAAAAUGGCGAGCAGCACACCCUUGGUGAUCUGUUACAUGAGUUUGCUCCUGAGGUGUUUGCUAAUGGCAUUGCAAAGAUAGACAAUGAAUGGAGGAUUCUGAUUCAAGGAAUUGAGCCCCCUCUAGAGACACCUAUACACUGGAUCAGUGAACAUUUUAGUCAUCCUGAUAACUUUUUGUACAUUGUUAUCGUCCGGGUUGUGUAGUGUUAUUGAAGGGGGCAUCUAAACUCAUUUUAUCGUCUUGGAUUGGAAGGGGUAACUCCUAUUGACCACAUUUCAAUCAAGUGUCCCUAAACAACAAUGAUCAUGAUAGCUUAAGAAAGGAAAAUCUAAGAAGCAGUUAAUGAGAACUCAAAGUCAAGACAAGCAUGAUGCCUUUUCCAAAGCUCUCCUGGCCAAAAAAAGUACCCUACUUCAGGUAUACUGUACCCUACCUGCAGUAUAUUGUACCCUACCUCCGCUAUACCGUACCCUACUUUCACUAUACUGUACCCUACCUCUGGUAUAUUGGACCCUACCUCUGGUAUACUAUACCCUACCUGCAGUAUAAUGUACCCUAACUCUUGUAUACUGUAACCCACCUCUGAUAUACUGUACCCUACCUGCGGUAUACUGUACACCACAGGUUACCAAGAUAACACUCAUUUGUUUUCUAACUCACAAAAAAUAACUACUCCCAGGCGGUUAUGACGUCCAGGAAAAUUUAAUGAGAGAGAUUUUUUACUCUUCCCUUCUUUGUAUAAAGGAAUUUAUUUUUUUAAUUUAUUGAUAGAACAAUUGUAAAGUAACAGUGACUUUAAAGACAUUUAGAUAUUGAAUGUACGCAAGACUAUCCAUAACAUUCUGGUGUUUUAAUUUAAAGCCCGUGUUCUUCAUAAACCUACUUUUGAAUUCUUCACUUUUGCUCAGAGGUAAACGAAAGUUUUUUUUUAUGCACCUCGGGUGCGAAGGAUUCCACGAAGCGUAAAGCUUUCGUUUCGGUUGUAAUCAAAGGCUCUAUGGCCGGUUUUGGAACGGUGUGUCGGAAAAGACAUCGUGAUGAUAUCCAAGGAGAUCCUGGUAAAAACGAUUAAAGAGCAAGAGCCAUACCAACGAUUUAUGCAUGAAAAUUCUAACCAAGUGACCUGUCAAUCAUAAGCCACCAAUCAACCGUUGUCAAGAGAAUAUCACCUUAGAGAACUUAUCGAUAGAUAGAUAGAUAGAUAGCCAAAAGGCUGAAUUGCCCAAUAUUUUACAAUAAAUAAAGAAAAUGUAUAAACUACUAUAAUACAGGUUAUGCUUGAAGGAAAUUGAUAAUACUACUAAGCUUAGAAUCAAUAGAAU